AUGGAUCCCCGCCCCGGCGACGACAGCGGCAGCGGCGGGCGUGGCAGGGGCGGGCGCUUCAGAGGGAGCGGCAGCGGCGGGCGCGGAAGUGGCAGCGGUGGGAGUGGAGACGGGUCGGGGGGCACAUCCAGGAGCGGGCAGAGCCGCCUGUCGGCUCAAUCGACGGGCACCCGCCUCAUGCAGGAUUUCAACGCUGCUGCAGGGGACGGCGACGGCAGGGACGGGUUCCGCGCGUCGUCGUCACGAUGGUCGGGACGAGAGGACCCCGGGCUCGAGGAAUCGACCCUAGGGUACAACCGCCACGGCGUGCAGCACAAUGCCUCGCAGAAUCCGAAUCUGGGGCAGGACGACGAGGUGAUCGUCAUGGACGGCGUGCUCGUCGGUAACAACUCGGUCUCGGUCCCCUGCUACCCCAGCAACCAGGGUUACGUCCCCGCCAGCUAUUACGGUGGCACCGCCAGCUAUUACGCCCCCAAUCUCCAGAUGGGGCAGCAGAUCGUGCAACCGGGAGCCAGAUACUACUGCAACAACUACAUGCAGCCGGGCGCGCGCGGCACCCGCCCGCCCCCGCUCCCGUACCCGUCCCCGUCCCCGUCCCCGCCCCAACUAGUGCCACCCUAUCCGUAUCCGGGACCGGGAGCCUUUCCUCUCUUCCGUCCGAUAGCUCCUGUCAUCCCUCCAGCCCCUCGGUUCCCGCCGCAGAGAGCCACCCCCACCGCCGUCUCAUUGGCACCGCCGCCUGGUUUCCCGCAGGAGAGGAGAAUCGUCAGGACAGGCAACGCCACCACCUCCACCCCAGCGCGACCGCCGCCGCCACCGACGACGACGCCGCCGUCGUCUGCUGCUCCGAGUGUCCGGAGGGCGUUCACGUGGCCGCCGAACAAGGAGGAGGACGAGCAGAUCGACAAAGUGCUGUACGGUCCAAGCGACCGGGCCAGGCUGCCCGUGUUCGAGAGCAUCUGCCCCAAGGCCCCCGACGACUGAUCGUCCCGUGCCCACACGCAUCCGUCCGGUAAAGCACUGCUCUGCUCUGCACAUACAAACCAUUAAACCAUAACAUAUUACCUGGUGACGAAAGCCGGGCACACCGUA